ACGCACGCCCCUUUGUUGGCUCAGUAGCGGUAGCAGCGGCCGCGGAGGUGGCGCAGGGGACUGUUUUCCGUCCGAUCCCGGAGCGGAGCGGCGUCUGACUGAGGCCGGCAGCAAGCGGCCCCCGCGCUCCCUCCCGCCCUGCUCCGCGCCCUCCCCGCCGCCGCCACCGCCCGCCUCCAACCGCCGCACCCGGGGAGCAGCCGCGGCCCACGGGGCCGGAACCAGGCCUGCGUCCGGACGGCAGCCGGAGCCGGAGCGAGAGCCGGGGCCUCGGCGUCCCCGCCCUCUCCGCGCCGCGGCCAGCGUCUGCCGGGCCCGCGCGGGUCGCGCCAUGGACUCGGACGAGGGCUACAACUACGAGUUCGACGAGGACGAGGAGUGCAGCGAGGAGGACAGCGGCGCCGAGGAGGAGGAGGACGAGGACGAGGACGAGCCGGACGAUGAUAACCUGGAUCUGGGCGAGGUGGAGCUGGUGGAGCCCGGGCUGGGCGUCGGCGGGGAGCGAGACGGACUGCUGUGCGGGGAGACUGGCGGCGGCGGCGGCAGCGCUCUGGGUCCGGGAGGCGGCGGCGGCGGUGGCGGUGGCGGCGGCGGCCCGGGACACGAGCAGGAGGAGGAUUACCGCUACGAGGUGCUCACGGCCGAACAGAUCCUGCAGCACAUGGUGGAAUGUAUCCGGGAGGUCAACGAGGUCAUCCAGAAUCCAGCAACUAUCACGAGAAUACUCCUUAGCCACUUCAAUUGGGAUAAAGAGAAGCUAAUGGAAAGGUACUUUGAUGGAAACCUGGAGAAGCUCUUUGCUGAGUGUCAUGUAAUUAAUCCAAGUAAAAAGUCUCGAACUCGCCAGAUGAAUACAAGGUCAUCAGCACAGGAUAUGCCUUGUCAGAUCUGCUACUUGAACUACCCUAACUCGUAUUUUACUGGCCUUGAAUGUGGACAUAAGUUUUGUAUGCAGUGCUGGAGUGAAUAUUUAACUACAAAAAUAAUGGAGGAAGGCAUGGGGCAGACUAUUUCGUGUCCUGCGCAUGGUUGUGAUAUCUUAGUGGAUGACAACACAGUUAUGCGCCUGAUCACAGAUUCAAAAGUUAAAUUAAAAUAUCAACAUUUAAUAACAAAUAGCUUUGUAGAGUGCAACCGACUGUUAAAGUGGUGUCCUGCCCCAGAUUGCCACCAUGUUGUUAAAGUCCAGUAUCCUGAUGCAAAACCAGUUCGCUGCAAAUGUGGCCGCCAGUUUUGCUUUAACUGUGGUGAAAAUUGGCAUGAUCCAGUUAAAUGUAAGUGGUUGAAGAAGUGGAUUAAAAAGUGUGAUGAUGACAGUGAAACUUCUAAUUGGAUUGCAGCUAACACAAAGGAAUGUCCCAAAUGCCAUGUCACAAUUGAGAAGGAUGGCGGUUGUAAUCACAUGGUCUGUCGGAACCAGAACUGUAAAGCAGAAUUUUGCUGGGUGUGUCUUGGCCCUUGGGAACCGCAUGGAUCUGCCUGGUACAACUGUAACCGCUAUAAUGAGGAUGAUGCAAAGGCAGCAAGAGAUGCCCAAGAGCGAUCUAGGGCAGCCCUGCAGAGAUACCUGUUCUACUGUAAUCGCUAUAUGAACCACAUGCAGAGUCUACGCUUCGAGCAUAAGCUGUAUGCUCAGGUGAAACAGAAGAUGGAGGAGAUGCAGCAGCACAACAUGUCCUGGAUCGAGGUGCAGUUCCUGAAGAAAGCAGUUGAUGUCCUCUGCCAGUGUCGUGCCACACUCAUGUACACUUAUGUCUUCGCUUUCUACCUCAAAAAGAAUAACCAGUCCAUUAUCUUUGAGAAUAAUCAAGCAGAUCUAGAAAAUGCCACAGAGGUGCUUUCGGGCUACCUUGAACGAGAUAUUUCCCAAGAUUCUCUGCAAGAUAUAAAGCAGAAAGUCCAAGAUAAGUACAGAUACUGUGAGAGUCGACGAAGGGUUUUGUUACAGCAUGUGCAUGAAGGCUAUGAAAAAGAUCUGUGGGAGUACAUUGAGGACUGAGACUGGCCCUGCAUAAAAUGAACCCUGAAAACUUUACCAUCUAGAGUGCUCAUGCAAUUAAAGCAAACACAAACAAGGAGGCGCUAAGCCUGUUCUGACACCGCUGGUCUGUAGUACCAGAAUUCUGUUUUGUUAACGGAAAGUUUAAGUAAAUUAUAUUGUAAUAAAAAAGGUAGAUAAACCAUUGUACAACAGUAUUCUAGGCCGCCAACAAAGUGUGACAGACACACAAAAGCCCUCCAACUUUAACUUGUAACGUAGCUUCAUUCUCAACGCUGACUUCCUUUUUCUUUUUCCUGAGUGUAGUACAGUUAAAAUUUCAAAUAGCUCCUUGACACUGCUUUUCAUGUCCAAACCAGCCAUUUUGUUGUACUUUGGUAAAGGACCUCUUCCCCUUCCUCCCCUGCACAUGCACACCUCCACACACAGUUGGAUUCACUUCUCUCAUACCCUCAGGUCAUGAGUGAAGAAUGGUUACUAGCUACUUGGAAAGGAGAUUCUUUGGAGGGAGAAGGGGAUGGGCAGCAAGAGGAUUCAAAAAACAAAAAACACAAAAACUUUGUAUAUGACUUUUAAAACAAGAGGACAACACAGUAUUUUUCAAAAUUGUAUAUAGCGCAUAUGCAUGGAUAAAGCAAGCGUGGCACGUGUUUGCAUAAUGUUUAAUUACAAAAAUAUUUAUUCUUUAAAAAGCUUCAAGAUUAUGUCUAUUUGCUGUGCAUUUUCUUUCAGUUGGCUUUAUCUUUCUAGGGUUGGGUUGGGAUAAAGGUGUUUGUUAAGCCCCUCUGCAAGACCUAACUAGAGUGCUUUCCCCUCCGGAGGUCAGUUUGCCCUUUGUGGUAUGGUUGAUCUUUUGCUGGCCAUGGGCCUCAUGCCUAGAAUUCUCCGCUUCUGGAUCUAGAUCCAGGAAGUCACGUUCUAAGCAAAUGCCUCGGCCUGUUAAAGGGUUUAGUUGCUUCAGUUCAUAAAUGAUCCUAUCCCAACCUACUCCUCUGUGGCCUUGAUGCCCCCCAUUUCAGCCUGUGUGCCCACACCACGCACACUGCCGUAGGCUUUCUAGGCUUCCCAUCACAUCUCGAGGAGGCAUUUCAAAAUUUCUUUUCCUGUUUUAUUUUUCCUGAAUUGCUGCUUUGAGCCUUUUAAAUUUUAGUUAUGGCUCGUCUCUCAUCCCUUCUUUAUGUUAGGGUGUUGAAUACAAUGUUUUCACUUUAAAUAUAAAUAAAUAGCCAUUCACUUAGUCUGAGAUUGUGAAUUAAAAUGGUGGAUACUGAAAUUACUUGUGUGUGUUGCGGUGGGUUCAGUUUGAAGGCAAACACCACUAGAACAUGAUACUCCCAUCCAGUACAUUUGAGUAGGAAUCACUGAGUUUGCUUCUUUUCUAUUGUCAGCAUAUAGGAGAAUAAUGCAUUUUAGCUGUGAUGUCCAUUUUUAUGAAAUUUUUACUAAAAGCUAUGUUAAAAGUAAAGGAUGGUGGUGGUUUUAUUAACUAUAUACUUGUUUAGGCCAUUCUGCCUGUGGUAUUUUUCAACAGGUCAGCAUCCCUAAGACUGUCAGUUUUAUAUAAGAGUGCAGAGUGAACUAGGCAACUAGAUCAAGAGGUAAAACUAUUAAAUGCCAGUUUUGGCAGGACCUCUUCGUCUUCCUUUAACUGUCUCGUGCCUAGGGAGUGUUUACCAUUUGUGAGGCAGCUGUGUCUGUCUGUCCUGCAUUGUACAUCUUUUACUCCAUUGGGAAGUCGGUUCACUUCCCUCUGGCUUUUUGCCUAAGUUAGGCUUUGCUGAAUCACCCUACUUUUCCUUUUAGAAAGGUUGUUACGUGAGAUGUACUUGCAACUGGUCUUUUCCCAUCAGAAAUCAGUGACUGUUUGCUGAGUUUAUUAUGCUGCUUCCUCAAACCACUUGUCGCUUUAGGAUCAACUUGUAUCUUCUUCUUCCCUAUCCUUGUCACCUCAGGUGGCACAUCUGAAGUCAAGUGUCUGCUUUUCCAUUUUCUCUAUCCCCUAUCAUUCUCCCAUUAUCCAUUUGACUUUAUUUAAAAUAAUUGCAUCAAUCUUAAGACCUUUAUCAAAACCAAGGAGAUUUCAAAGAAAGCUCAAGUAAGUUCCUUUUCCUGGUGACUUUGAAAAGCAACUAGAAUUGUCACAGAUAGAUAUAUGUGGUCCCUUAAAAUGCUUUGUGUAUGUGGUGUUUAAAAAGAGUUAACAUCACAGUAUCUAGGUCUGACUGUCAUAAGUUCUCUUCAUGCCCUGCCCUGCAACAAGCGUCCAAAAACGAGUGUGCAUCUCAUAGUCUCAGUCCCCACCACGGAGGGAUAGUGUAGUUGGUGACACUUUCUAGUCCCACAUGGGACCUGAGGAUAUUGCACUCACAAUUUGUGUGGAUCAAGGGGAACUGGCUCUUCUGCUACAUCCAAGUUUUUAACAACCGUCUCCACAUCUGACAGCAUUUCCAGAAUUUACCUGCCUUUGUCAGUAGCUAGCUUCAGUGCUCCCAGCUGGGACAGGCAAGCCAUAUUGUUAACAGCUUCCCUAUUUGACCUACCUAAGUCUCUCAGAGGGCUCUACUUAAACAUCAGGGUCUCGCUGUGUUGUUGAGAUCAGUUACAUUGUCAGUGCAUGCUUCAUUUGAGCAAUUCAUUGAGCAACAGGUGAAUUUUCAAUGAUUUACAAUAAAAUUUUGAUCCAAAGCUCAGGAGACAUACCAUAGUGGUAAAUGGAGUAGCAUAUAACAUUACCAGACUCUAAAUUCUUUGUAAUUUGCUGCAACCCAGAUUGUAUAUGUUUUAUGUGUGUUCAAAUAAAUAUAUUAAAGACACACGUGUAUACAUACACACAAAUAGAUCCAAGACUGACUUGAUUUGAAAUGGUUGAAUCUGCAGUGUAAUGUGUGGUUCACCUGUUAAGUAGGACUUGAAAUUUAGAACAAGAAGAGUAAAAGGCUUAAAUGUAACAAAUUCUUUUAGCUAUGUCCGGUAUAGAGCACUUGGGGGAUGGGGAUGGGGUGGGUUGGUGAGACAAUCAGAUCGAUAAAUUGAUUAAAUGCUCCUAACCCUGUAAUUUUGUGCAUAGAGCACCUUGUGCUGUGGAAAUAACUGUUCUUAGAUUUUCAUUGUAACUGGACUGUUCAGGUUGCCCAGAGGGAAAGAACAUUCCUAAUUCUAAUAAAAUAAACUUUUAUUUUGUUAUUCCAUUA